GUUAGGCGGCAGAGUUUGUUUACGUUCCUCACGGGUCUAUCUGCUGCCUUGCUCAGCUCAGGCGCCGAGAUGGGGAAAUCUUUUGCCAAUUUCAUGUGCAAAAAGGACUUUCAUCCUGCCUCCAAAUCCAAUAUCAAAAAAGUAUGGAUGGCAGAACAGAAAAUAUCAUAUGAUAAGAAGAAACAAGAAGAAUUAAUGCAACAGUAUCUUAAAGAACAAGAAUCAUAUGAUAAUAGAUUGCUUAUGGGCGAUGAACGUGUAAAGAAUGGCCUUAAUUUCAUGUACGAGGCCCCACCAGGAGCUAAAAAAGAAAACAAAGAGAAAGAAGAAACAGAAGGAGAGACUGAAUACAAAUUUGAAUGGCAGAAAGGAGCCCCACGAGAAAAAUAUGCCAAAGAUGACAUGAACAUCAGAGAUCAGCCCUUUGGUAUUCAGGUUCGAAAUGUGAGGUGCAUUAAAUGUCACAAAUGGGGUCAUGUCAACACAGAUCGAGAAUGUCCUUUGUUUGGUCUUUCUGGAAUCAAUGCUAGUUCAGUUCCCACUGAUGGCUCAGGGCCAUCGAUGCACCCCUCGGAGCUAAUAGCGGAGAUGAGAAACAGUGGGUUUGCACUGAAACGAAAUGUGCUGGGGAGAAACUUGACCGCAAAUGAUCCAUCACAGGAGUAUGUUGCGAGCGAGGGUGAAGAAGAUCCAGAAGUAGAAUUUUUAAAGUCACUAACAACCAAACAAAAACAGAAACUUCUCAGGAAGUUGGAUCGGCUUGAGAAGAAGAAAAAGAAAAAGAAAAAAGAUAGAAAAAAGAAAAAGCUUCAGAAGAGCAGAAGUAAACACAAAAAACAUAAAAACUAUUCCUCCUCUUCCUCCCCUUCCUCGUCCUCCUCCUCCUCCUCCUCCUCCUCCAGCGAGACUUCAGAAAGCAGCAGUGAGAGUGACAACAAAGAAAAGAAAAUACAAAAGAAGAAAAGAAAGAAAAACAAGUGUGCAGGGAAUAACAACAGUGAUUCUGAAGAGAAGGACAAGUCUAAGAAGAGAAAACUUCAUGGAGAACUUUCUAGCAGUCACAGUAACAAGGAAAAGCCUACGUUUUUAAAACAAGAGAUUUCUGGGGAGAAUAGCAAAUGGAGCCACUGUGAUUCUGACAGAAAGAGCAGAAGCCGUAACCGUAGCGCAGAGAAGAGAGGACCUGAGAGAAGUGAGAGGAGCAGCAGGAGCCGGAGCAGGGAGGAGAGGGGCAGGAGGAGCCGAAGCAGAAGCCACGGCAGCCACAAGCCAAGAGAGAUAAGAAGACGGCCAUGGCGAAGUCCCAGUGGAGAGCGGAAUAGAAGCCAUGACACCAGAGGCCAUGGCACAGACACACACAGAGCGGGAAACAUGCACAGAGAGAACCCAGGAGAUAAGCAUACUAGAGCAACACAAAGCGAGUGCAGCAGUAGAGAGAGAAUGAGAGAGAGAUUGUAUGUGACAACCACCUGGGAGUAAAAACAUCUCCUCUUUCUGAUUGAAUACCUUUAGCAAGGGCUAAAUUAUGUACUGUUGUCUUUCUAAUAAAAAAGCUCUAUGUUAAUUUUCCAUCUCUGUAAAUUGUCAUAUCAAGUACAAAACUACGUGAAUCUCAUAAGAAUGCACUUUGCAAAAUAUUUGUAAAUAAUCCAUUUGGGGGCUGUAAAAAUAUUUUCUGUUGAUAGAUGUUUCUGGUGCCCUAUACUAGAUAAAAAUCCCAUGUAACUCUGUGACAUUUUCUUUGUUCUGAAACAUCAUUAAAAGAAUGACAGUA